AUGGCCCAGGCUCUGCUCUUCCUCCCUCUCCUCAUCCUCGGCCGCGCCAUGGCUGCGUCCAUCAUCACCCCCGCGCUGGCUGAUGGCGAGCGGGCGCUGCUGGCGGAGCUGGCGGGGCUGGCAGAGCCCAGCCCAGGGCGGGCACCGGGGGUACCGUGCCAGACCCUUCAUCCUCAUCACCUCCCCGGCUUCUCCCGGCUGCCAGCGCUGCCCCGCGGGCUGGCCCGUGCUGCGCUGACCCUGGCGCUGCUCGGAGCCGGCUGUGCCCCCCAGGCUGAGGCCGAGACGCUGGAGCUGGCCCGGGAUGUGGGCACGGCCACGGCCGCGGCGCUGCUGCGGGGCUGGCGCGGGUACCGGCGCCGCUGCCCCGCGGCCGCUGGCACGGAGCCACCUCUGAACCCGGACAGCACGGAGCCCACGCCGCCCCCGAGCCGGGAAAACCGGGAAUUCCCGCGGCUCCAACCGUGCCGCGGCACCGCGCGGCGGCACCGGCGGGAGGAUGAGGAUGCCUGCAGCCCGGCGGGGGAACGGGAAGCGCACCGGGUGCUGGACUGGGUACCGGGAGUCAGCGUCUUCUACAACCUCGGCACCAGCGUCUACUUCGCCUUCCAGGGCUGCGAGGCCACGGCGUCCACUCGAGCGCUGGAAGCCGCCGAGGAUUUGGGCUAUGCUGGGCUGGCGGCGCUCACCGGGGGUUUGGGGGGCCCGGUGGCCAUGGGGGUGCAGCUGGGGCUGCAGCCGGGGCUCAAGGCCGGUGUGAGGGCGCUCAUCGGGUAUUUUACCUCGGCCGGGGAGCCCUCGCCGGUGCCCACCGCGCACAGCGGCGCCGUGCUCAUCGUCUGA